AAAAUUCCAGUAAAUUCCCUAUAACUCUGGACAGAAGGCCUAAGGGCCGUUAUCCUUUUGGGGUUUUUCAUACCUCACUGGGGUCUACCUUAUGCACAGAGUCCGAACUCAAAGGCGGUUGGACAGUUGGGGACCUUCCUUCGUCAGUUUUUCCGGUGUUCCUAAGGGGCUACCGGCAUUGUACUAAAAAUUACAGUAAGAAUACAGUAUCUCGACAGUAAUAAGUUAUUAGCCCAAACUCGUUUCAAGGCAUUCAUAGCUCAUUAGAAUCUACAUUAUGCAGAGAGUUCCGACUAAAAAGCAAUUUGACACUUACAAAAAGUUACCUCGAAAGACACAUUCUGAACGUGAGAGUGCAAUUGAGACACAUACACACAAGACUAAGUUGACAAGUCGAAUAUAACUGCUUCAGGCAGUACAUAGUAUAGAUUCUAGACUUUCUGACUCAAUACAUUUAGUAAUGACAGUAUAUGCAAACUAUGAUAGUGUUUAAUAGGGAAAGCAGAACUUUCAGAGGCUGGUAACACUAAUAUAUAUAUAUGUUACUGUGCCUUGAUUGAGAGAAAAUACAUGAGGAUAUGCUAUGAUUAGAUUCUGUGAUAUAUAAAACAUAAUUAGAAUGAUUUAUAGCUUUAGUUGAAUGAAUGAAUUUGACUAUGUAAAUUUUAAAAUUCUGACCUUAAGGGAAAGUAUUAUUCUUUUUACAGUAUACUUUGUACUCUUAUUUGAGUAGCCUUUGGUUUUUUUUUCUAUUCUGUACAAAUGCUAAACAAAAAAUACACAUAUAGUUUAUAUAAAAUUAUUUUUUAGAUUCCAGAAUUAUUUCGAAAAAAACACAAUUUAUGUCUUGCUGUUUUUGUUGUUUCGGAAAAAUUACAAAAUGGUAUGCGAAUAUGGUCUGCACAUCGUGAUAAAGGAUUUUUACCAAAAAAUUUUACACGUGAUACGCGAUCAGUUAAUCCCAUUGAAUUCGAUAUAAAUGAAAGUAAUUUAACAUUUGAAGGCGAUUUUAAAUUAGAUCUACGAAUGACAACUCUAUGGAAUAAAUUAAAAGAAUCUCAACAAUUGUAUCAACUCGAUGAACAAUCAACGAUAAAAUUACAUCCAGCACAACAUGAACCAUUAUCACCACGUUUAUUGUGUAUUCUUAAGGAUAAUAAUGGUUUUUACAAAGAUACAAUUUGUUUAUCAAAUUUUAUUCGAUCAAGUGAGUAA